GUAAGUUAUAAAAUAAUGGAGAGAUUUCUACUUGCACCAUUUUUGGUGUUCAUACUUGCAGCUGAUUUAGGCAUGGCCAAAAAAACCAACAUUACCACGGAUCAAACUGCUCUUCUUGCCUUAAAAGCUCACAUUUCUUCAGACCCUUCACAAAUCCUAGCCAAAAACUGGUCCACGGAAAUACCCGUCUGCCACUGGGUUGGAGUAACUUGCGACGACACAAUCCAUCACCACCAUAGGGUGACGGCGUUAGAUAUCUCAAACAUGAACCUUUCUGGCAUAAUUCCUCCACAACUAGGGAAUCUCUCGUUUCUGGUUUCUCUUAACAUGAGCCUGAAUGGAUUUUACGGCGGAAUCCCGGCUGAACUUUCACGGCUGCGACGGCUAAGAGUGCUGGAGUUAACGGCCAACAGUCUCACCGGAGUGAUUCCUCAUUGGAUCGGUUCUUCCUUUCCGGAGCUCCGAGUAUUGUCCAUGGGAGCCAAUAGCCUUAGUGGGGUCAUUCCACCUUCGGUUUCAAACAUUUCUGGCUUGACAACAUUAAAUUUUGCAUUCACUCUUCUUCACGGAAGAAUACCACCAGCCAUUUUUAACAUUUCCUCCUUGGAGAUUGUUUACUUAGCAAGUAAUGGAGUCUCUGGAAGUAUUCCUGCGAGCACGUGCGAUCAUCUUCCUCGGCUGAUCGAUUUGGUUUUGGCUGCAAACUACCUCUCUGGUGAACUGCCGACCAGCUUAGGCCAAUGUCAGGAACUCCGGGAGUUAUCCUUAGGCAUUAACAGUUUCGUUGGAUCCAUUCCUGACGCGAUUGGAAAGCCAAAGAAGCUGAAGUUUUUAUUUUUGGAUUAUAAUAAUUUGACUGGUUCAAUUCCAAAAGUGAUUGCCAAUAUAACCACGCUACACCUCCUUCACCUACAUUCUAACAACAUAACAGGUGCAAUACCAGAAGAGCUCAGUAGCUUAUACAAUCUGCAGUAUCUAAAAUUGGAUAGUAACAACUUAAUUGGUUCUAUACCAUUUGGGAUCUUCAACCUCUCAAUGCUAAAUUCAAUGUCAUUUGGAGGAAAUAAUCUCCAUGGCAACCUUCCAUCAAAUUUAGGUAAUGGCCUGCCCAAUUUGGAAGAACUCUACCUCAACACCAAUUCUUUUAGUGGCCUAAUACCAAGCUCCAUCUCAAACUCUUCCAUACUUCAAACCUUAGAACUUUCUGAGAACGAAUUCACAGGCGUGAUUCCUAACUCUCUUGGAAACCUUAGAUUCCUACAAAAAAUCAAUCUGGCAAAUAACAGUUUAGUGAAUGACCCUUCAUCCAAAGAGUUGGGCGUGAUCAUUGCCUUGGAAAGUUGCAUAAAUUUGAGAGUGCUUGGGAUUGCUAACAAUCCAGAUUUGAAUGCCAUUCUUCCUGGUUCUAUUGGUAAUCUCUCGGUUUUUUUGGAAAGGAUAUAUGCAGAUAACUGUGGAUUAAGUGGCAACAUUCCAUCCCAGAUUGGCAAUUUGAGCAACUUGUUAAUCUUGAGCUUAUCUAAUAAUGAGUUGACUGGAUCAUUGCCGAUUGCAAUCAAACAUUUGCUGAAUCUCCAAGCGAUUAAUCUUAAGAGUAACAAGUUAACCGAGGUUCCAUUGGAAUAUUUUUGUGGUUUGAGAAAAUUGGUCUUGUUGCAACUUAGUGCGAACCAAAUUUUUGGGUCAAUCCCUAAGUGCUUAGGAAAUGUUACAUCUUUGAGGAACGUAUACUUAGUUUCAAACUUAUUACACUCCACCCUGCCAGAAGAGGUUUGGAAUUUGAAAGAUUUAUUGGAGCUUGAUUUGUCAUCCAAUUCAUUGAGUGGCUCCUUAUCUCCUCAAGUGAAUAACCUUAGGUCUGCAACAUUGAUAGACUUGUCCAGGAAUCAAAUCUCAGGUGGGAUUCCAAUCACAAUGGGUGACAUGAAUAACUUGAAGUAUCUAUCUUUAGCAAACAACCAGUUUCAAGGUUCAAUACCGGGCUCUAUUGGUAAAAUGUUGAGUUUGCAAGUAUUGAAUCUGUCAUACAAUCUUCUUUCUGGUUCCAUACCAAUGUCACUUGAGGCCCUUCGGUAUCUCGAAAACUUGAAUCUCUCGUCUAACCAUUUAAGUGGUGAAAUUCCUUCCAAUGGCCCUUUUAAGAACUUCACAAGUGAAUCAUUCGUGUCGAACUAUGCACUCUGUGGAGCUGCUAGGUUCAAUGUUCCUUCAUGCCCACGGAACUCAAUUAACAUAUCAAGGCCUAAGAAGUACCCUAUCAAUCGUCGUCAUAAACUUAUUUUACUAAGCACCAUUAUUCUCACACCCACAACUGUAUUUGUGUUCUUUCUGUUUCUCUACUGCUGUUGGCGAAGGAGAAACCCUAAAGCCAAUCCAAAUGAUGCAAUGAUGCCACUGAGUAUAGCACCAGAAAGAAUUUCAUAUUUUAAACUUGUUGAAGCCACUAAUGAAUUUGAUGACAGUAAUUUGCUUGGGAAAGGAAGUUUUGGUUCAGUUUAUAAAGGCAGGCUUGACGAUGGAAGGAUUGUGGCUAUUAAAUUGUUCAAUUUACAACUUGAAGGAGCAUGUAAGAGUUUUGAUCUAGAAUGUGAAGCAUUGUGCAACCUUCGACAUCGAAACAUCACAAAAGUGAUUAGUUGUUGCUCUAACCCUGAUUUUAAGGCCUUGGUACUUGAGUUCAUGCCUAAAGGAAAUCUUGAUCAAUGGUUGUACUCUCACAAUUAUUGCUUAGAUAUUGUGCAAAGAUUUAGAUAUAUUAAUUGAUGUUGCAAGUGCAUUAGAGUAUCUCCAUUGUGGAUGCACAAGUCCGGUGGUUCAUUGCGAUCUUAAACCCAGUAAUAUCCUUCUGGAUCAUGACAUGGUUGCACACGUAAGUGAUUUCGGCAUCGUCAAAUUAUUCAGCAAAGACGGCGAUAGCAUUACAUGCACCAAAACACUAGGCACGCUUGGAUAUCUCGCACCGGGUAAAACUAAAUCCUAGAAUGUUUAUACAUUUUCAUCUUAGAAUAUAAAAUUUCCAAAGCUAUGAAUGUUCUUACUGAAUGAACUUUUGCUUAUUAGACAAUAUUAAUUUCUACAAAUUAACUUUCACCAGCUUAUUAUUUAUUAUAAAGGAAUGUGCUCUAAAAAAUAAUUUUGUCAUUGGUUGAGUGACGUUAGUGUAUGCAACUUUUCUAUAAUUUCUAAUCGACAAUUUUAAUUUUUGCAGAAUACGGAUUAGAGGGAUUUGUAUCAACAAAAUGUGAUGUUUACAGUUUUGGAAUUAUGAUGAUGGAAGUUUUCACUAGGAUGAAACCCAACCAUGAGAUGUUUGAAGAAGAUACAACCCUAAGGAGUUGGGUUAGGGAUCAUAUGCCCCCUAAUGCAUUAGCUCACAUUGUCGAUGCCAAUAUGCUAAGACAAAUUGAUACAAACUUUCUUGAACAAUUGGACUGCAUUUCAUCCCUCAUGCAAGUUGCUCUGAAUUGCACGAUGGAGUCACCCAAAGAUAGAGCCAAUAUGAAAGAUAUUUUGUCAACCGUAAAGAAGAUUAAAUCUCAGCUAUUGACAUAUCAUAGCGAAAAUUAGGGUGGCAUGUCCGCGGAUUUUUGUAUCCAAUGACCUAAUUUCUAAGGGGAUGGAGAAUAAAAUGUACUCCGAUCUGUUUCAAAAUUAUUGUCC